CAACGGUUCAAGACCCCUCGUUAACUGCUAACGCUACAAAUGCACGGAGUUGUCUACUGACAGUGUUAAUGGGUGAAAUACGUCAGCCUGGAGACGUCAAGCUCUAGAUGUGAGUAAUAUCUGCCUAUCAUUGUGAAACAGAGUACAAAUAUAACACAACAUUCUCGGCUUGUUAAGUUAAACCUUUUUAUUAAAAUACUAUUCUUAAUUAAGGAUACAUCGAAGAAAAACUACAAUUGUUACGAAUAAGACGGAUUGUAAACGAAGAGGAUUAAAAUUCUAAAAGCUUACUCUAAACUUAAAAAUACGAGUUUGUCUUGAGGAAGUCCGAACGAGUUCACCGUCUCCGUAACAAAACUUUUAGAAUUUUAUAUUCUUAAGUUGUUCUUCGUUGGACAUUCAUCGAGUAGAUAGAACAUAACCAUGUCCCACUCGAGUCAGCAUCAGUGCAUCAUAUGCAACCAACCAAAUGAAGCAGAUCGGAAAAUGGUUCAAUGUGACGUCUGCGACCGAUGGUACCACUUCAUGUGUGCCGGAGUCAACGACAGUAUUGAGAACGAGAGCAGAAACUUCAUAUGUACGGCAUGCCACAACUCAGAUCCGUGUGAAUCCGUAGCAUCAACGACUACCAGCGCACGAGCCGCAAGGUUGGAGCUUGAAAUGCAACGAUUGGCAGAGGAAAAGCGGUUGCAGGACAAAAUGCGAGAGGAACGCGAGAAGCAGGACAGGGAAAUGCAAGACAUGGUGCUGCGUUUGGAAUCUGAGCGGAGGGAAAAGGCGAUCACAGCGAUGUUCGCUCUGGAGAAGGAGUAUAUCAAGAAAAAAUACAAUCUACUCCAAACCAAGUUGGACGAAGGAAGUGCAACAGGUAGUGUUCGCAGCCGACGAAACUGUGAUCUAAGUACGAGUAAGGUGCAGGAUUGGAUAGAUCGGAACCCCACAGUGACCCUGAGUUCCAAUACUGGGUGCAUUCCCACUGGACUUACGUUGCAAGCGGAGACGACAUCAGAUUCAGUCCAACCUACUUCGACGACUACUACAACAGCAGCUGGGACAAGUCAAGCUAGAAUGACUGCAGUCGCCGUAUGCAAGUGUAUGCACAGCCUAUGUCUUCGUUGUGGAAUCCACUACCGCCACAAACCACAUCAAUAA